CCGUGCCGUGCCGAGCCGCGCCGGGCGCCGCCGAGGCUGGAACUGGUACCGGUGUCGGUCCCGCUGCCGCGGCCGCGCCCGCCGCUGCUGGGGGAGGCGGUGUCCGCGCCGCGCCCCCGCGCCCCGCCCGCCCCCGGCAGCAGCAGCGGCGGCGGCAGCGGCAGCCUCAGCACCUCCAGCUCCGCCAGCAGCUCCAGCGGCAGCACCAUGGACCUCUCCUUCAUGGCCGCGCAGCUUCCUGUUAUGGGAGGAGCCUUUAUGGACUCACCCAACGAGGACUUUAGUACAGAGUACUCCUUGUUUAACUCAUCAGCCAACGUGCAUGCAGCUUCUUCCAUGCCAAAUCCACCAGAAGAGACAUCUCGUUCUUCAAAUGAUGCCAUAUUGUUAUGGAUUGCAAUAAUAGCAACAAUUGGAAAUAUUGUGGUUGUGGGAGUGGUGUAUGCCUUUACCUUCUAGGAUGACUAUCACUCCAAACACUGGAAGAGAGGAUAACUGCAACAGUAUUUGUCACGUGUAUGUAUGUGUGUAUAUAUACAUGUAUAUCUAUAUAAAUACAUAUAGGUAGGGACUUGUUGAUUAAGUGCUGCCACAGUGAUGAAAAUGAAAUGCAAGUUAAUCAUCUUGAAUCUUGAUGGCAGACAGCUUGAAUGCAAUUGCCAAUUGUAUGGAAGAGAGUUUUAAUUGAGAACAGAGCCAAUACCAGUUUUGUAUAGAAAUGUAAUACAAAGACCACCAACGUGGGUAUAGUAAAUACAAAGAGAAAGUGAGAUGUAUAUAGAAAGUGCUUAUUUUCUACCGUUUAGAUUUUUCUAGCAGCUCUUCCAUAUUUUGUCAGCUCUUUUGUGCGGUUUUUUAUUGUGGUAUAACGUUGUAUGAGAUUGUUCUGUCAUGUUUGCUGGACGUCUUAGUUUUCCAGAUGGACUAAAUGGUCAGCAUUGGCUCGAUUCUGAUGAAGUCCAGGUUCAUCAUGUGUGAGUCCUCAGCAUGUGCACACACUGCUAGGCUGGGUUCAGAAUCGUGAGUCUUAAAGCUGUGGCAGGCAGAUGCAUGCUAUCCAACACUUGCCUUCCAGUAUCAGCUACUGGAUCUGAUAAUCUGUGAAUUGAUGCUAAACCUGCCUGCUGUUUUUAGGAGGAGGCACAGCUGGUGUGAGGUGUGGCUGGUCUGCAGACGCUCUGCACUCCGGGGGAGGAAGCGUUAAACAGAGCAGCAGCCCAAGCGCCCAUUUCUGGCUGGAGGUAUUGGAUUGCAGGUUUGUAGAUGUGUCCCUUUCAGGAAACAAAGGCCAAAUACCAUGCUUUUCAGCUCAUUUCACUGCAGUCCAGAUUUCCUGCAGAAGCCAUGGACUUUCGUAAGCUGAUCAGUGUAUCAGAAGAAUCUGGAGAAAUUGCGAAGCCUAGUUAACAGUGAAUGAUGUCUGUGAGAAAAAUAGAGUUGGAAGAAAGAUUGGACACUACUGUGCUCAUGAGAGAGGGACUGCAAGAGGCAGGUAUGUCCUGGGAUAGAAACAGCACAAGAAAGGUAGUAAGUGACAGAUACACAAGGGCUUGUAUUUCAGUAUUAAUAUGUCUCUGGAUUCUGAUGAGGCUCCUGGAAGUGAUUUUCUUGUAGCCUGCUUUAGGCAAGUGAUAAACUCCAGUUAGCACUUGCAUUUUUUCUGAUGAGAGACAAUAUUUUCACUGCAUUGUUCCUAUGAGUGAUUCCUUUACAAGAGCUGUAUCUUUUCAAAAGAAGCUGUAGCCUUCCGUACCUCAAAGAUUACAGAAUCUUGAGGGAUGGGGGGGG